AUGGCACCUCGUGGACGUGGUCGAGGCCAUGGGAGAGGUCGAACUAGUAAUCAGAAAUUGGAAACCGACACGAAUAACCCAGUGAACUUCAUGGCUGCAUUGGAGAGCAUGGCUGCUACUAUGCAGGCCACUACUAAGGCGCUUGGACAGCAAAUGAAAAUGGCUGUGGAGCGAGCAUUACAAGUACAACUGGUGCCUGAAGUGCAGUGUGUCGAAUUUGCUACUUAUCAGCUCACUGGAGAAGCACUACAUUGGUGGCAGGAAACACGAUGUCUCGUGGAAUUUUAUAAAAGGUACUUUCCGAAUUUAGUCAGGACAGCAAAGGAGCUUGAAUUACUACAGCUGAAGCAGGGUGCUAUGUCUGUGCCUGAAUAUACAAACAAAUUUAAGGAAUUGUGUAGAUUUUCCCAUAUUUGUCAAGGAGCUCCUAGAGACUUUGAGGAGUGGAAGUGCAUUAAGUUUGAAGGAGGGCUCUGGAGCGAUAUCUUAAGUUCUACGAGGCCAAUGGAGAUCAGGACUUUCUUAGAACUAGUGAAUAAGAGCAGGGUUGCUAAAGAUUGUAUGAGAAGGGUGGCUGCAGAGAAAGGGAGCCAUAAGAUGUCUUUUCAACAGAACCAAGGAAGAAGCUUUGCUACUAGGGGUCAGACUUUCAAGCAUGGAGGUUUUGUACCAGAGCAGACUCAGGGUCAGACCAAUUUUAGAAGGCCUAACAACAACAAUUACCAAGGGAAAAGAGUUAGAAAGCAGCCUCUGAAUGAGCAAGCUUGUGCUAGAUGUGGAAGUCAUCAUCCGGGUGUUCCAUGUAAAGCUGGUUGGGGCUUGUUUAUUCAUGUGGAAAGGCGGGGCAUAAAGCCUCAAACUGUCCGAAGAAGCAGAGCCGGUAAAACUUUGAAUGCUUUAUUUGAUUCUGGAGCUGCUCAUUCAUUCAUAGCAUUUGAGAGGGCUAGUGAAUUAGCGUUGAAGAUAGUUGUGUUAGAUUAUGAUCUGAUUGUGCAUAAUGCUAAUUCGGAAGCCGUUGUGACUAGGUUAGGCUGUCCACAAGUGUCGUUCCAAGUUAAACAGCGAGAUUUUGUACAUGAUCUAAUUUGUUUACCAAUGGUUGGUUCGGAUCUCAUUUUGGGACUAGAUUGGUUAUCUAAGAAUCAUGUCUUGCUAGACUAUUCUGAGAAAUCGUUGUAUUUUAUGCUGGAAGAAUCGUAA